UCUGAUGGCUGCCCAUGUAUCUUUGUGAUUUCAUAAUCAUCAAAUCGCAAUCUUUAAGAAAUCGAGACGAAUGCAUAUGAAAGUGGAUUGGAUCGAACCCCUUUUACGAACUUUAAAGAAAGUUGUUAAAUGAAACAAACAUACAAUCGUAGUUCAUCAUAUUAAAUUAAUGCGAAAAAUUUGGAUAAAAUUUGCAAAUUUUUUAAACUCCCAAUAUUCAAAUAAUUUUUCAUCAACUGAUAAUUUCAUUAAAAAAUUUCGAAGAAUUUUUCAUCAACAUAUACAGCGGAAUUAAAGUCCAUGCAAAAUGCGGAACAAUCUGCGUGACUUGACAACGCUAUUAAAUAAAAGCAGAGAUAGCAGAAUAGAUGAUUGGCUGUUCAUGUCUUCGCCCGGGCCCCUAUUAUUAUUAUUAAUCGUAUAUCUCAUGAUUGUUUUGUUUAUCGGUCCGGCGUUAAUGAAAACACGUAAAGCAUUUAAUCUUCGACGAACGUUGCAAGUAUACAAUAUCAUACAAAUCUUUUACAAUUUAAUGAUGGUCAUUAAGGCUCUCAAGCAAUCAUAUCCCAUACAAAGUUUAUUCCUUGAUCAAUGUGAAAUAAAACGUAACGAUGAUGAUAUGCUACAAUUAGCGGAUUCUGGCUGGAUAUAUAUUGUAUGCAAAAUAAUUGAUUUAUUAGAUACAAUAUUUUUCAUAUUACGUAAGAAGCAAAAUCAAAUCACUUUCUUACAUGUAUAUCAUCAUACCUUUAUGGUGCUAGGAUCAUGGAUAGUACUUAAAUAUAUGGAUAUCAGAAGAGAAGAGUUUGGUUUAUGUUAUAUACUCAAUUGUUCGGUCCACGUUAUGAUGUAUUUCUAUUAUCUAGUCGCUGCCAUGGGUCCUCAAUAUCAAAAAUUCUUAUGGUGGAAAAAAUAUAUGACAAGCAUACAAUUAGGUCAAUUUUUAUUAAUCUUAUUAUAUAUGGCUGGAAAAGCUAUUGUCGGGUGUCAAUUAUCCACCGCGAUAACGCUAUAUGUGGUUUCAAAUGCCUCCAUCUUUUUAUGGCUUUUCAUCGAUUUUUAUCGUAAAACUUAUAUAAAAUGCUUGAAUGAUACUAUACUUAGAAGCAGCUCAAAUGGAACGUUUAAAAGAUGUGAUUAG